CGUGGCUCCCUGAUGGGCGCGGGGGAGCCGGUCCCCAGCUUCUCACUCGGCUGCACCUGGGACCCCGGCCAGGCGGCUCAGGUCCGGGUCCGAGGGGUUGGGGGUGCAUCGACCCCCGAGGACCUCGACGCCCCUCGGCCCCACUCUGCACGGCUCCGCGGAGUGAACACGCCAAGUCCACGCGGAGGUUGAAUCACGGGAUGAUGUCACGUGUUUUGUGGACAGUGUGGCUCUUGGGGGUCGUAAUCAGCCUGUCCAAGGAAGGGGCUACUGGUCAGGCUUCUUCUCUGACUUGUGACCCCACUGGUGUCUGUGACGGCCGCUCCAGAUUUUUAAGUUCCAUCCCCACAGGGCUCACGGCCACUGUGAAAAGCCUUGACCUGUCCGACAACAUGAUCACCUAUGUCAGCAACGGUGACCUGCGGAUGUGUGUGAACCUCAAGGCUCUGAGGCUGGGGUCCAACAACAUUAACACCAUAGAGGAAGAUUCCUUUUGCUCCCUGGGGAGUCUCGAACACUUGGACUUAUCCAGCAAUCGCUUAUCUACUUUAUCGUCCUCCUGGUUCAAGCCCCUCGCUGCCCUGAAAUUUUUAAACUUACUGGGAAAUCCUUAUAAAACACUUGGGAAAACAUCUCUUUUUUCUCAUCUCACCAAUUUGCGAAUCUUGAGAGUAGGAAAUAGUGCCAGCUUCACUGAAAUUCAGGAAAAGGAUUUUGUGGGACUCACUUUUCUUGAGGAACUCGAGAUCGACGCUUCCAGUCUCCAGAGGUACGGGCCCCAGAGUUUGAAGUCCAUUCAGAACGUCAGCCAUCUGGUCCUUCACAUGAAGCAGCCUGUUUUCCUGCUGGAGAUUUUCGUGGACCUUUUAAGUUCCUUGGAACAUUUGGAACUGAUAGAUACUCGCUUGAACACUUUCCGUUUUUCAAAAGUAUCCAUCAAUGAAACUAAGACAUUUAUUAGAAAGUUUACAUUCAGAAAUGUGGAAAUCACUGAUCCUAGUUUUCAAGAAGUUGUGAAACUGUUAUAUUAUGUUUCUGGAAUGUUAGAUGUGGAGUUUGAUAACUGUAUCUAUAGAGGAGUUGGUGAUUUUGAUAUAUCCAUUCUGGACCCAGUUAAAGGUCUAAGUAACGUAGAGACAUUAAUAAUACGAAGGUUGCACAUUCCAGAUUUUUACUUAUUUUAUGAUCUGAGAAAUAUAUAUGCAUUUAUAGGAAAAGUGAAAAGAAUCACAAUAGAAAAUAGCAAGGUUUUUCUGGUUCCUUGUUCACUUUCACAACAUUUAAAAUCAUUAGAAUAUUUGGAUCUUAAUGAGAAUUUAUUGGUUGAAGACUUACUGAGAAACUCAGCCUGUGAGAAUGCCUGGCCCUCCCUGCAAACCUUAAUUUUAAGGCAAAACCAUCUGACAUCAUUGGAGAAAACUGGAGAAAUUUUGCUUAAUUUGAAAAAUCUGACUAACCUUGACAUCAGUAGGAAUAAUUUCCAUCCUAUACCUCACACUUGUCAGUGGCCAGAGAAGAUGAAAUAUUUGAACUUAUCUAGCACAAAAAUACACAGUUUAACUGACUGCAUUCCUCAGACCCUGGAAAUUUUAGAUAUUAGCAAUAACAACCUCAAUUCAUUUUCUUUGACAAUGCCACAACUCAAAGAACUUUAUAUUUCUGGAAACAAGUUGAAGACUCUCCCAGAUGCCUCCUUCUUACCCAUGUUACUACUCAUGAGAAUCAGCAGAAAUACGAUAAAUACUUUCUCCAAGGAACAACUGGAUUCUUUUCAAAACCUGAAGACUUUGGAAGCUGGCGGCAACAAUUUCAUUUGCACCUGUGAAUUCUUGUCUUUCACUCGGGAGCGGCGGGCACUGGCCCAGCUCCUCACUGACUGGCCCGAGAAUUACCUGUGUGAUUCUCCAUCCCACGUGCGGGGCCAGCGGGUUCAGGACACCCGUCUCUCGGUGACUGAGUGCCACAGGGUGGCUGUGGUGUCUGCUGUGUGCUGUGUCCUUUUCCUGUUGAUCCUGCUCACGGGGGCCUUAUGCCACCAUCUCCAUGGACUGUGGUACAUGAAGAUGAUGUGGGCCUGGCUCCAGGCCAAGAGGAAGCCCAAGAGAGCCCCGCAGAGGGACGUCUGUUACGACGCCUUUGUGUCCUACAGUGAGCGGGAUUCCCACUGGGUAGAGAACCUCAUGGUCCAGCAGCUGGAGCACUUCAACCCUCCCUUUCAGUUGUGCCUUCAUAAGCGGGACUUUAUUCCCGGCAAAUGGAUUAUUGACAAUAUCAUCGACUCCAUCGAAAAGAGCCACAAGACCAUCUUUGUGCUUUCCGAAAACUUUGUGAAGAGUGAGUGGUGCAAGUACGAGCUGGACUUCUCCCAUUUCCGUCUCUUCGAUGAGAACAACGAUGCUGCCAUUCUCAUUCUGCUGGAGCCCAUCGAGAAGAAGGCCAUCCCGCAGCGUUUCUGUAAGCUGCGGAAGAUCAUGAACACCAAGACCUACCUGGAGUGGCCUGCGGAUGAGGCUCAGCAGGAAGGGUUUUGGUUCAAUUUGAGAGCGGCUAUCAAGUCCUAGGUUCCUGCGUGAAAGGCCAGUCCUGGUCUGGGGGCGGUCUUUCUAUCACUAGUUAUCACUAAGUCCAUUCUGACACAAGCAUAUGGAAGCCACAUGAAGGCUUGCUUACUAAAGAUACUAAAACUGUUCAAUUUUUAUCUAGAGUGCUGUUUUAUACCAAGUGCUACCAGACUGAAAAAACAAAAAGGUUUUGUUUUUUCUUUAUCGUGGAGACAAUCAUGAUCUAAGGCCAUUUUUGACAUCUGAAUUAUCUUUUAGCAAAUGGUUUCGUUCUUUAGGAAAUGUACAAAUGAACAGACUUCAAGUGGACACGCAGUUGUCUCGCCGCCAGCAGACUUACCCGUGUCUGCGGAGGGCAUCUGCUGUCCCACCUGGCUGUCUCCUCUGUGCGGCUGCUCUUGUGACCAAAAGGGCAAAAACUGGGGUUGUUCAGCCCCAGUAUUGCUGUUCCUAGAAAAAAGUGUUGUGUGUCCCCAUCGAACUUUACGGCAUACAAAAUGCCGAAAAAAGAGUGUGUUUUCAUGUAAACUAAGCCUGUCUGUCUGGGUGUUUGAUAGGUUUCUCUAGCCGUAAUGGCUUGAAUGAGGAUAACCAAAACAUGAGACACAGUAAAUUAUGUUUUUCAGUGAAAAUCAAACUAAUAAGUAAAUAAAAUACUCAGUUCAGAAGAAUUUGAAAGAA